UCCUCUGGCAGCGAGAGAAAAUAAGCGGAAACACAAUCUGCUUAACUCUGUGUAAAAGAUCCGUGUUUCAUUAAACCCGCAGGUUGUGUCGCGCGCUCCCCUACACAAAAUGUACAACCUAAAGAGAGUAACUGAGUAACGGGAAAAGUGUUUUGUUUUGUUUGUUUUGUAAAACGUCACUUCGUCAGCUAUCUGCAGUUCGCGGGGAGGAUCCUCCAAUGUUUAGUUUCACUUUAACUAUUCGCCAAAUACGGAAGACCGAGACGACGGUGUAAGGAACACAAUCUGCGCUGUUGUUGUUGUUUUUUUACGAAAACUGGUGAAAAUGAAGCUUCUGUUUAUUUUGCUCUCAGUGGGUUCAUUCUUACUUCAUCAUGGUGCAUAUUCUGUUGAUUCAGUUGAACUGUCAGUGACGGAGGGAGAUUCAGUCACUCUACACAUUUGUGUUGAGAAGAAAGAAGAAGAAAUGCUUAAAUGGUAUUUUAAUGAGAGUCGCAUCGCUCAAAUCAAUGGAGAUCUCAGUAAGAUCUGUACAGAUGUUCAGUGUAAAGAUGGUGAUGAGAGAUUCAGAGACAGACUGAAGCUGGAUCAUCAGACUGGAUCUCUGACCAUCAUGAACAUCAGAAUCACAGACUCAGGAGAAUAUCAACUGAAGAACAGCAGCAGCAAAAACAGUGAAAAGAUCUUCAGUGUUUCUGUUCAUGGUGUUCCUGAUGGUGAACGAGAGAAGAUGAAGAAAAAGUCAGUGAAGGAGGGAGACUCUGUUACUUUAGAUCCUCAUGAAAUAAAAAACCCAAGUGAUGUGAUGAUAUGGUAUUUAAAUGGCACUCUCAUCGCUCAAACCCCUGGAGACCAGAAUAAGAUUUAUAAAGGUGUUCAGUGUAAAGAUAGUUUCAGAGACAGACUGAAGCUGGAUAAUCACACUGGAUCUCUGACCAUCAUGAACAUCACAAACACAGAUGCUGGACACUAUAUCUUUGAAGUACAGAGCAACAGCAACCGCAAGCGCCGCAGCAUCAGCAACAACGUAGAGUUCUUUGAAGUCAAAAUCAAACGUCCGUCUCCAGCUGAUCCAGCUUCAGGUCCGUCUUCUCUUGUAGUAGGAAUAUGUGUUUCUCUACUGAUGGCUGUGGCUGUGGCUGUUGCGAUCUUCCUUACCCGCCGCAGGAGGAAUGCAGCCGUGAAAGAUCCAGCCACAGCUUCUGAAGAAAGUCCCAUGAAUGAGCAGAAGAAGGAUCAAGAUCUUGUGAUCUGAGAGGGUCGCAGCAGUUUCUGCAACAUUAUUCCCAUUAUAUUACAUCAUGCUAAAAUGAGCUGAAACAUAAUGCUUUGCAGGCUUCUUAUCAAUAAUAAUGCACUUACUUAUUAAUAAUUAUGCACAUAACUGUGAUGACCAUAGUCAUAUUUUCUAGGGUUGUGUUCUUUUUUAAUUUUAUCAUCUAAAUGUACUCGUAUCAUCUUUGUUAGUAAAGUUCUUGCAAGGAAAUUUAAACUAUAAACUUAACAGGUAUUUGUUUCUAGUACAAACAAAAAAGUACUAAUAUUUGCAUAUGUUUUCAUGCUUGAUUUCUCAAAAAAUUAUUUAAAAAAAAACGUAUUGUUUUAAAUUAGAUUUUUUGUUGUAUAAUUAUUAAACUUUGAAAUAAAUUAAAUCAUUUAAAUAAAUUUAUAAAAAGAAAUGCUAGCCAAUCAAUUAAAAUAACCACACUUUUAUUUAAAGUAACACACAGAAAUUGGAAAUAAAAUAGGCCUAUACGAACUGUCAAUUUCGUCCCCGCCCCUUUUUAGGGGAAACAAACUAGACUUCCCAUAGAGUUCAAUACAAAAUAACGGCAUAAACCAACGUCCGUACAAAGCCGACAGGAAUGAAUAAUUUAAGAAGUCACUAAUAUAGAAAAUGUCAAGUAAUUAUAUGUCCACCCCGCCUGCCAUAGAGCAUGAAAGAUACAUUAACAAACUUAAUUUGGUCAAUUUAAAAGCAUUCAUUCUCCCAGCGUCUAAUUAUUGAAACAACCUUUCCCAGUGGGGUUAUACAUUAUAAUAUAUAUCAUAAUGUAAAUUAUAAGACAUAAUACAUAUAUUUAAAGGAAAAUCUUAGUAAAAUCAUUCAUGGCUUACCAUGGUUACUCGAUGAUGUAUGACUAUGAGUAAAUGUCUGGGUAAGUACACCUCUGGCCACUGGGUGGGGUUUCACCAAUUUGACUGAAUUUGAUGCUGGGAGAAUAAAGGGACAUGUUUUUAAACUGACCAAAUUAAGUUUAUUGAUGUAUCUUCACGCUCUAUGGCAGGCUGGGUGGACAUAAUUACUUGACAUGUUUAAUCUUAGUGAUUUCUUAAGUUAUGCACGCCUGUCAGCUGUGUACGGACGUUGUUCUGUGACGGUAUUUUGUAUUGAAGUCUGGGAAGUCUUUUUAUUUUCCCCUAUAAGUGGGCAUGAACCUGUUCAGAGAUAUUCUAUGAUGCUGCGGCGGUUGUUCAUUAUUAUUAUUAUUCAUUCAGUUCUUUGCAACAGACUCAAAUUUAACACUUUUUUUUUUACCAAUUAUCAAAAUAAAGUAGUCCUACAAACUAAGCUAUUAUUAUCAGAGCAUGUGAGCAGGUAGAGGACCAAUGAAAAAGAGGACGGCAUCAUUUUACCAGAGUUGUCCAGUACAGCUACAGAACAGUAGGGCUAUUGCGAACAGAAACAAAUUCCAGCCUGAUUCAGAUCCUAACAAUGUUAAAGAGGAUUGUGCUGAACGGAUUGCAAGCACAAAUUUCACUGGACGUUUCAGAGUCUGGUUUUUUUUCUGUUUCUAAUAGAUUAUAUAUAUGAUGGUAUCCACUAUUUAAUCAAAUUUGUCGGAAAACUAUACUACUAGUACAAACAGUAAUCAAUCACAAAAUCAUUGAUAAUUUUCCGAAGGAGGCAAAGCAUUGCCCUUUGAUUACAUCAUAUAUCAUAGCAAUUACUUAAAGCUUAUAAUUGAAACUGUCAAUAGAAAACAACUGCAAAUAAUCAGACAUAGGCAACUUGCAAGUUGUGAUCCAUAAAAAAUUGUGUCGCGAUAAAAUGAGAAUGGCUCUGUUUUCAGGAGAGGCUGUUCUCCAUAAAAUAUGCAGCGCACAGACCAGAUAUAGUGACAACAUAUUUACAAUAUUAUUGAGAACAUGAUAAUGGCUGUCAAAUAAGAAAAGUGAUGAUGUUGAUGUGCAUGUGUAAUACUAUGAAAAGUAGUUUCAUAUCAAAUGCUUUAAAUGUGUAAUUAUGAGAAUGAGUUUGAUGAUGUAUGUUGCAACUGAAGUAAUGUGUUGAUGAUACGACCAGUGGAAUGUUACAGUUAACAGUAUUAAUAGAGUUAAGAUAUGUUUUUUUCCUCCUAUUUUGAACAUCUAUACAAUUUCUUGUUUAUACUGAGGUGAACGGGGGUCUGAUUUUAUGUCAGGAGUGCAAUAACAGUGUUUAUUCAUUAAGCCCGGAUUCAGAUAAACUCUUUACUUGCUUGCUAAACAUUUAAGGGACUAUCCCCACAAAAACAGCCUAAGCUUUCUUCUUAUUCUUAUAAAACUUAUUUCAAAAUUUUAAGAGAGUAAUCAACUCAUUUGAAUAGAUGAAUAGUGUUAUGUAGAGUGUUAUAAGUGUUAUGUAGUGUUACAUUUGCUGUCUUAUUAUUUUAGUUCUAAAUGACUGAUAAAAAGAGGGGAAUUGUAGGAGAAAUGUAAUAUGUUCUAUAUAUGUAUGACUUUUGUAUUCAUGCAAAUGUGUGACUAAUGUUGGACAGAGGGCCUCCACUAGCAUAUGAUUUAAUGAAGAAAAUCUAAUGAAGUUGGUUAUGGCCAAGGCACAUCUUCAUUUGGCCUGGAGAAAUAACUUUGGGGAGCGGGGGAUUAUAAAGAAGGAAGGAUGCCCUCCUCUCAUUGUCACACUCUGCAGCCUUACUGUAUGACCGCUGGCUUGGCGU